GAAUGCUGAGAACAGAAGCACUAGCAUCUGGGACUCGCAACAUUUGUCUGACAGCCCACUCGACUCUUUGCUUGCAGAGAUCAAUCGAGGGAAGACACCUGAGACUCGGCAAUACUUUCACCACCUCGCAAGGAUCGACUCGCAAAUCUUCUUGGACACCCCACGUGAUCGGGUGUACAUCUUGCUGGUUCACGCAGAUUUGGGGGCGGCAGUGAUGGACAGGGCUGUGGAGAUUUUGAAUAAGUUCCUGUUGCAGAGCACAACGCAUCCAGUGGUCACACCUUGGCAAGAUCUGCUUCUACCAGAGACUUCACCAUUCCUGGCCAAGAAGCUUGCUGACCUUCAGGCUGGCCCAGUGGCCCAGUGA